UUCGUAUUCCUCUCUUCACUAGUAUAUGCUCCUCUCUACAGGCCAACAUUUUAUAAUAUUUACAAGAAGAAAUCAACAGAAGGCUAUCAAUCAAUUCCAUAUGUGGUUGCUCUAUUCAGUGCAAUGCUUUGGAUUUACUAUGCAUUUCUCAAGACCAACACCACCCUUCUCAUCACUAUUAACUCAUUUGGGUGCUUCAUUGAGACUUUGUAUGUUGGCUUCUACCUUUUCUAUGCACCAAAGAAAGCCAGGGUCCAAACUGUAAAGUUACUUCUUUUAUUAGUGGUUGGUGGAUUUGGAGCUAUUGUCCUCGUCACUCAAUUUCUAUUCAAAGGAGUUGUUCGUGCCCAAAUUGUUGGAUGGAUUUGCCUUGUGUUUUCGUUAUGUGUUUUUGUAGCACCAUUAUGCAUGGUGAGACAAGUAAUCAAAACAAAGAGCGUGGAAUACAUGCCGUUUCUCCUCUCUGUAUUUCUUACAUUAAGUGCAGUUAUGUGGUUUUUCUAUGGUCUUCUAUUAAAAGACUUUAACAUAGCUAUUCCAAAUGUGUUGGGAUUUGUCUUUGGUAUUCUCCAAAUGAUACUCUAUGUGAUGUACAACAACAAAGAGAAAGUUGUCACAAAGAAGCAAAAUCUUCCAGAGCUAAAAAAUCAUGUUAUAAUUAUAGACGUCGACGAUGACAAGAAGAAGGUUCCAGAACUAAGUGAAGAACAGAUUAUUAACAUUAUGAAACUUGGUGAACUUGUUUAUUCAGAGAAAAAUGAUGGAAAUUUAACUGAGGCUGCUAAAAUUUAGUACAAUGGUUGAUCCCAAUAUAUAGUGGAAGCUUGAGACUUUGUAAAUUUGUAAAUUAAAUUGUAAGCUUGCCUAGAUGUAAAUCAAUCCCAUGUCUCCCGCCGAAGCCACUCACCCAACCAACUCAGCCAACCCCUACGGAUUAAAUUUUUGAUUUGAUGUGUAUUUUAUUUACAUAAUAGCGCUUAAUUAUCAAUUGUAAAUUAUGUUUGUCCAUUAAUUCAAGUUCUAAUUUCGUCCACCGUAACCCUAUUCAUUAACAUUAAUGGAGUAUUAAUAACUUGUAA